UCUCGGAAGGAAAAAAAAAAAUACUAUUCGAAAGAUUAUUUUAAGCAAAAUAAUCAACAGAAAGUGCAAUAAAAAUCUGAUCUUAAAACAUGUGUUCGUCGUUAACACCAUCCAACAUCUCUGUGAAUGUCCCUUGAGAUACGUUUGUUUCGAUUUCUAAUCUUUCUUGGAUUUCUGGGUUUUUCUUUUGUCAUCUUCUCAAUCUCCAUGGAGACUACAGCUCCCGAUGUACAUGUACAAAAAGAGAUCAAGAAAGAGGUUUAUUCGGUGUGGGCGCUUCCACCAGAAGACGUGAGGCCCAGGCUGAAAAACCUGAUGGAGGGCCUCAGAUCGGAGUCCGGCGGACCGGAGUUUGAGCCUCACGUGACAGUCGUCGGGGCCAUUUCUUUGACGGAGAAUGAGGCACUUGACAUGUUUAAGAGGGCUUGUGAGGGCCUCAAGGCUUAUAAUGCUACUGUGGACAAAGUUGCCACUGGAACUUUCUUUUACCAAUGCGUUUUUCUUUUGCUUCAUCCAACGCCUGAGGUGGUUGAGGUACGUUCACACUGCAGCAAUCAGUUUGGUUACAAGAGCUCAACACCUUACAUGCCACACUUGAGCCUCCUUUAUGCGGAUUUGACAGAUGAGGAGAAAAAGAAAGCCCAAGAUAAAGCUUACGUCCUUGAUGAGAGCAUCGGCAGUUUGAACUUUCAGAUUUCUCGUCUGGCAUUAUACAAAACAGACACUGAAGAUAAAAGCCUCAAAUCUUGGGAGAAAGUGGCCGAAAGCGACCUCAAACAUUACUAGUUUCCUGGCAUCUGGACUCCUUAGUGAUACUAAGUUAUGCUGGCGCCUCGCUGUUUCUAUAGAAGGUUCUAUUUGUACCAUUUUUGUAGUUGGGAACUGAUUGUGCAAUUUUAAUAACAGAAAUGUGAAAUGUUAUUAGGAGCUUGUUUGAUAAAACUUAAAAGCCAAUUAAAAUCAAUUUUGACCGUUAUUUUAAUAUUUCGGUUAUUAUUUUUGAA